AUGGCUCCCACCAGACCAUCGCGCACAGCUGUGACGGAAAAUGGCACUACGAGCGAUCCGGCUGUAGCUAGCCCAGCUGCCCCCGUAAAGCGCGGUCGCGGCCGUCCCCCAAAGAACGGCGUCGCAGCGCAGGAGAAGAAGCUUCCCACCGGCCGCCCCCGCGGCCGCCCCCCCGGUAUCAAGAAGGCUGCUGCUAAGCCCGCCCCGCCAAAGCCUGCCGCAGGUACUGCCGUCAAGGGACGUGGCCGACCUCGCAAGUCUGACGGCACCACUGCUACGCCGGUGAAGCCUGCGACCAAGGCUGCCGCUGCUGCUGCCGCUUCCGCUACCAAGCCUACCAGCACCGGCAAGGGACGCGGCAGACCGCGAAAGAGCCUGGUUGUGGUGGAGGAGCCUGUGGUCGAAAAAGAAGAGGACGGCGAGGAGGAGGCCGAAGGAGAGGACGACGAGGAAGAUGCCGUAGCUGAUGAGAUGGCAUUAGAUGAUGCCGGCGAGGAGGACAUUGAAGGAGAAGAUGAUGACGACAUCCCAAUUCAGACUGGCGAUAUGGGUGGCUUCCUCGUUCGAGGCCUUGCCAGUGCUUUUCGACGGAUAAGUGGUGUGAACAGGAGCACUCAUGCUACUACCCCAGACAGCUGAAUUAUGCGCUCUGUAUAGUUUCAUCUGGUGAUUGUCUUACCUACCUACCUACCUAGGUUCCUAGGUUGGUAGUUUGUUUGUUACUUAUAUCUAUCCUGGGAAUGGUCGGAAGCGGGGCGAUAUCACAUAACACACCCACACACACACACACACAGCGGCCCAGGGUGGUUUCUUUUUACGACUGGCAGUGAAUCAUGGCGUUAAGAGGAAGGAAACUGGCUUGUACACACAUCUGAGGUAGUUGUCGCUCAGAUAUUACUAGGUACUAUUAAAACGACAACGAAGUAUUGUUAUUCGAUCUCUCGCGGCUAGUCGAUUUGAAAGUAUUUACU